AUGCUUAACGAAUAUGAAAUUAGACUCAAAAAUAUUUUUAUAGAUCCUCAAAUAGUUCAAUCAUAUGAUUUUAUUUCUAAAGUUUAGUUGUAUACUAAGGACUAAAUCAUAUUUAAAUAUGGAGAUGAAAACAAAUUCUUUAUGGUUCUCCAAAAUGGAUUAACAUCCUAAAAUAUUUCCUAUAUUCCAAUAGGUAUAAUUUAAAAUACCAUCAAAUGUUUAAGUGAUUGUGCAUUUAGAAUUGUUGAUGAAUAAUAGUUUGAAAUGCUAAAUAAGGCCAAAAUCAAUUAUCAAAAAAAAAUACUUGACUUUAUACACAACUUACCUUGUUUUAAAGAAGCUAAAAAUAUUAAACUUAACUUUUUCAUUGAAGAUUAUAAAUUAGGUUAAUGUUGUUUGAAUGAAUAGGAAUAUUCCAAAUCACUAUUCAUUAUUUAUGAUGGGUAUCAUUUUUAUUUUUAAGAAGCGAAUUUCUAAUAAGAAAAAAAUGGAAUAAGAGUUAUAUUGAUAUUGGACAAGUUAGUAAAGGAGAAAUAAUAAAUGAUUAUGAAUGUACUAAUGGUUUGAUUUAACAGUUCUAGAUUCUUUGUAAAUCUUAAACUGCCUAAAUUAUUAAAAUUGAAGAUUAUAAAAGAUUAAUAGAUUUAAAUGAUUUUUUAAAGAUUGCAGCUGAAAAAUUCAAUCAUAGAUUAGCAAGAUAUAAGCGUAUGACUGAUUUUAAAUCAGGUAUAAUUAUUUAUGAAUCCUUUAGGUAAUUGUGACUAUUAACAACCAUUUGAACCAGAAAUCUUACCUUUAAGAGAUGUGAUUAAUAGAGUUCAAACAUCAUCAGGAAGAUAAAGAAUGCCAGUCUAAAUAACUAUAGAUGAAGAAGUAAAGAAGAAAGUUCAAAUUAAAAUGGGAACAUAUAAAACCAUAUAGAAUCGUAAAAGAAACUAUUCAUUAUUGUAAUGA